AUGGCUUGGGAGGACGAAAUCAAUUCACUUCCUGAAAAGUUCAAGAAGGCGACCACCAAGCCACAUUCUGCCGUCAAGAUCAACAAGGACAUUGCCAAGUACUUUGACCUGCCCCAUGCUCAAGGCCCCGAUACUUGGACCUCGCAGCCAUGGAUCUUCAAGCCGGAGAUUCCAUCCUCUGACGAGAUUUCUGGAGGAGAGGAUGGCGAGUUUGUGGACCUCGAGCCGAACAAGAUUGAUGGCCCUUGGGAAUCUAAAGAGGUAUACCUCAAAGCUCAUUACGAUCUUAUCCGAGAAGACGCCGUUGCUCCAUUGCGGGAUGCCGUUGCGACUUUCAAAUGUGAUCCCGACAUGGGAGAUGACAAGAACACCUGUAUCUACGAAAAGGUCUACGUGACAGGGUUGACGUUUGCUCGACGAGGCCUAGGUUUUCGAAUUCAAUUUUCGACCAACAGAGCGGGAAGAAACAUUGCGUGGGAAUACUCAAAGCGUCUUGUCAGUGGCUCGAUAGUUGCGCUAUCUCCUGCAGAGGAUGCUUUCCAGACUAGGUGUGUCAUUGCAAUCAUUGCUGCUAGGCCGUCGGAGGGUGUGAAGAUGCAGCCUCCAGAAGUCGACAUAUUCUUCGCAGAUCCGGCGGAUGCAGACUUCGAUCCUCAAUUGGAAUGGAUCAUGGUGCAAUCCAAGGAGGGGUACUACGAGUCGGCGAGGCAUACGAUGACGGCUCUUCAGAAGAUGAGCCGCGAAAGUUUUCCUCUCGCAGACCAGAUAUGCUUUCUAGACAAGGAUGUUAAAGUCCCCGAAUACGUGAUCAACAAGUCGAGUAUUGAGAUAGACUCUAUCAUAGACGAUUCAAAAGAGCAGAAAAAGGUCGACAUCCUGAAGGCCUGGCCUCAAACCCCAAUCGGAGAUCUUGAUACUACACAAUGGGCAGCCUUGGAGCAAAUGCUUACAAAACAGCUUGCCAUUAUCCAGGGCCCUCCUGGCACGGGAAAAACUUACGUCUCUGUUGUUGCGCUGAAGAUACUCCUUUCGAACAUGGAACCUGGCGACCCACCAAUAGUCGUGGCAUCUCAAACGAAUCACGCCCUUGACCAGAUUUUGACACACAUUUCUCGAUAUGAGAGAAAGUAUGUUCGCUUGGGUGCUAGGAGCAGUGAUGUCGAGAUCAAGAAGCGCACGCUCUAUUCUAUCCGACGUGAAGAAUCAAUGCCCAACAUACCCGGUAGCACUGCCGGGAGCGCCCACAAAGCAAGCAAGGCCCUGAUAAAUGGUAUAUUGCAGACGUUGCAACCCUUCAACGCAGCAAAUUCCCAUGCACCUCUUCCAGCAUCUGUGUUCCACAAGUAUAGGCUCUUGACCGCAAAGCAAUGCGAGUCUCUUGAGAAGGGAGCAAGCCGCUGGGUUACUGCCGGAGAAGACUCGCAGGAUAUUGAUCCUCUUGUCACUUGGCUCGGAGACCAAGUCGCUCCUUUCGAAGUUAACUACGCCAUGGAAAAUUUUGGGUUCGCAGAGGAUGAGGUGGAUCUCGAGUAUGAGCAGUUGAAGGAGCUGGAAGCAGAAAUGGGCUUCAAUGACGACGAUGAAUACGAGGCUCUCAAAGGUUCAUACACAAACAUUCGAGAGGGCUAUUGUGGGAGAUUCGUCUCGCCAGACGUCGAGGCCGCAAGCUGGGAGUAUCUCGAAUAUCACGAUAUGUGGAAGAUUCCGGAAAGAGAUCGUGGUUGGGUCUACAACGAGCUCCGAAGCCAGUUGAAAGAGAAGGUCUUGAAUGAAUUCCGUCAGCUUCUAGCACAAUACUCAGAAAACUGCAAGUCUCUGCAGAUCGGCGCUUGGGAAAGGGACAAUCUCAUUCUGCAAAACGCCAAAGUUAUCGGAAUGACAACAACAGGCCUGAGCAAGUAUCGCGCCCUCGUGGCGAGUGUGAAGCCAAGGACCGUUCUGAUUGAAGAAGCCGCAGAGGCAAUCGAGGCCCCUAUAGCUGCGGCAUGUUUGGAUUCGCUCCAGCAACUAAUCCUAGUGGGGGAUCACCAACAGCUCCGUGGACAUUGCACCGUAAAGGACCUUGAGGGCGAUCCAUUUUUCUUGGAUGUCUCGAUGUUUGAGCGUUUCGUCAAGAAUGGAAUGAAGUUCGUCACUCUUCAGCGCCAAAGGCGCAUGGCGCCCGAGAUCCGGGAAUUGCUGACUCCUAUCUACGGGGAAUUGCGAGAUCACCAGUCGGUCAAGAAUCGCGAGAAUGUACCAGGAAUGGGGGAUACUCGAGCAUUCUUUCUCACUCAUGACUGGCCUGAAAGUGCCGAUGACAUGGCAUCAAAGUACAAUGAGAAAGAAGCCGAGAUGGUUGUGGGCUUCUUCGUCUAUCUCGCUCUCAAUAACGUCCCCGUCAAAGACAUCACGAUACUCACCUUUUACAAUGGACAGAGGAAAAGGAUAUUGAAGCUCAUGAAAACUCACUCUUAUAUUCAAGGACACUAUGUGAAAGUGGUCACUGUUGAUUCAUACCAAGGCGAAGAAAAUGAAGUCGUGAUUCUUUCACUUGUCAGGAACGGCCAUAAAGGAAUCGGGUUCUUGUCCAUCGCCAACCGAGUCUGCGUCGCCCUCUCGCGUGCCCGGAGAGGUUUUUACAUGUUCGGCAAUGCUGAACUGCUUGCAGAGAGCAAUGGCCUCUGGGGUCAAGUGUUGUGGAUAUUGGGAAACAUGAGUGCACCUCCACGAGUCGGCCAGAGACUAACCUUGACAUGCGUAAAGCACAAGAACAAGACAGGCAUCAAAGGUCAGUUAUCCUCGCUGAGUAGCUGCUUAGUAGCAGUUAGCCCAAGCUAG